AUGUUAUACCUAUCACGCAAUAUUUUAAGGUUAUCUCGUACACAAGCAGUUUUCGUAUAUCACAAUCACACACAAACCGCAAAUGGUAUUGGCGGAACAAAAAGAAAUAAAAAAUUUGAAUCCAUAUUACAACGCAAUAAGGACAAAAUUAUUUUCAACUCUUAUUUGGAACACGAAAAAAUCGAAUUGGGUUACUUCAAGUACCACAUCAAAACAGUGGCUAAAGCAAAAAAAUUAGAAAAAAAGACAUUCAGUGAAAAAAGCUUAACUCCACUACCUGUAUCACUAAAAUAUUAUCUUGGCGAAAAUGAAGUUCUUCCGGAAAAAUUGGAAUAUGAGGAACCUGCCUCAUCACAAGCCUUCCAGCCUCCAUAUGCCUCUCCUACUCCAGUAGAAAUUCAAGAAGAGACCGCAUCAAAAGAAACCUCACAAAAUGAACCAGAAUUUGACCGAUCUAACCUUAAUAGAUGGAUGGUAAACUAUGAGCAUUUCGAUGACACAAAAUUAUCAGAAGAUGAAGAUUUUGGAAUUGAUAAAUGGUCACAACAAUAUGGAACUCCAGAUCCUAAUAGCAGCAUCAGCAGUGUGGGAUGUGGGGGUUGCGGAGCAUUGUUACACUGCAAUGAUCCUGCUAUUCCAGGUUAUUUGCCAAGUGAAAUAUUUAAAGGACGCUCAAAUGAGGAAUUGAGAACUAUUGAAUGUCAGCGAUGUCAUUUCUUAAAGGAGUAUAAUAUAGCAUUAGAUGUUACUGUGCAAGCAGAAGAAUAUGAGAGGCUGUUGCAAUCAAUUAGGUAUGUGAAAUCAUUAGUACUACUAAUGGUUGACUUAUUAGAUUUUCCUUGUUCCAUUUGGCCUGGUAUAGUAGAUGUGAUUGGUAAGGACAGGCCUAUAUUCAUUGUUGCAAAUAAGGUGGACUUAAUACCUGGAGACAGUAUUGGCUAUUUAAAGAGAAUCAGAGAGUCCCUAAUGGCAGAAAUAAAAAAAACAAAGCUUGGCGAAGCAAAAAUACGUUAUGUAGGUUUGAUAUCUGCAAAGACUGGCUAUGGAGUUGAAGAUCUCAUCUCUGCAAUGUUCAAACAUUGGUUAUACAAGGGAGAUGUCUUUCUAGUUGGUUGUACAAAUGUAGGAAAAAGCUCACUUUUUAAUGCUUUACUGCAAUCAGACUAUUGCAAAGUUCAUGCUGUUGAUAUAGUUAAGAGAGCUACUGUCAGUCGAUGGCCAGGAACUACAUUAAACCUUCUAAAGUUUCCGAUAAACAGGCCUUCCUUAUGGAAAUUAAACAAGCGUACAGAACGGCUUCAAUCAGAAGCCAAACUGCUUAAGGUCGAAAAGGAAAUACGGAAUGCGCAAGUUAAAGGCAAGAAAUAUACCGAAGCGCCGUCACUAAUCGGCCACAUUGGCAGGACAUUUUCUGAUUACAACCAGUUUGACGACAAUAACAUUUUAGAAAAGAAGCAACUAUUAACAGUCCUGGAUGAUAAACAUGAACUUUUCAAUAAAAGCAAAUGGUUUUAUGACACGCCUGGUGUAAUACAUCCUGAUCAAGUUCUGCCAUUGUUGAGUACUGAAGAAUUACUUCUAACAGUGCCCAAAAAACCUAUUAGACCUCAGACAUAUUACAUACAUAAGGGACAAACAUUCUUUAUAGGUGGUUUGGCUCGUGUCGAUCUUGUACAGUGCUCAGUUCCAUGCCGUUUUACAAUAUACUGUUCUGAAUGUUUGCCUAUCACUGUAGUAGAAACAGACAAUGCUGAUAGAGUUUAUGAGGAAUUUAUAGGAACAGAAUUAUUCGCUGUGCCCACUGGAGACCAAGAAAGACUGAAAAAUUGGCCUGGAUUAAAAAAGAAAGAGGACAUUUUAGAAUUCACUGGAGAGGGGCCAAAAGCUUGUUGUGGUGAUAUAGUAUUAUCUUCGAUAGCGUGGGUGGGCGUGACAGCGAAACCGGGUACAUUCUGCCAGGUGGCGGCUUGGACACCUGAAGGCAGGGGAAUUCACAAACGGUACCCUUCAUUGCUACCGUUUGGUGUUAAACUGAGCGGAAAACGUAUUCGUGAUACGCCAGCCUACAAGGUAGGUAAUGUGUUUGUAGAUGAACAUGAAUAA